GCGACCGUCGAAGCCAAAAAGUAGGAGGAAAAGAGCGCGAAAACCUCUUGAUGCAGGCUCUAAAACCCUCCGUUCGCUUACUCGCCGGAACCUUCUGCUCCGGCCAGCGCUGCUUCUUGUCCGCCCUCUCCUCCACCGAUGGUACUCGCCGGAGACCGGACGGCCGUCCCGUCUCGAUGCCCCCACGCGAGACCUUGGAGCCCUACGCCGACCUCUCAGACGUUGUCGAAGGGAACCCCAGGAACCUCGCGCCUUCACCGUGGCUGGCCCGAAUCGUGGCCCUUCUCGAUGGGUCGCCGGAAAUGGAGCAUCACCUUGAUGAGUUCUGUCGGAAUUUCCUAAUUCGACUAUCGCCGGAGUUUGUUUCCCACGUGCUCCGAAACCCUAGAGUCCAAAGUUCUUCGGCGAUCGCCCUUCGAUUCUUCGAUUGGGCUAGGAAUCAGAGGAAUUUCUCUCCGGACCUCAAUGCCUUCGUCUCCCUGAUCGAUUCCCUCUCCCGGUCCGGCAACGUGGAUCUGGUCCGUGCCUUCGCGGAGGAAAUGAUGCCCGCGGUUUCAGCGAUAGGCGCGAAACAUGCGAACUCCCUACUCAAGAACUUCGCCGCUGCGGGGUUGGUGAAGGAGUUGCUUUGGUUGUGGCGGAAAAUGAAGGAGAAUAAUAUCGAGAUCGAUCUGCUGAGCUACAACUGCUUGAUGGACGGAUUGGUGAAUGCGGGGUUCUAUGAAUCUGCGGCAAGGGUUUUCGAUUCCAUCAUCGGUGGGGGGAGGAUGUCGCCGGACGUAGUAAGCUACAAUAUCAUCAUCAAGGGUUUCUGCAGAUGGGGGAAGACUCAGGAAGCUGCAGCUCAACUCAAAGAGAUGGAGGAGAAGGGGAUCGUCCCUGACAAAAUCACGUAUCUAACUUUGAUUCAAUCAUUUUAUUCCGUAGGCGAAUUUGAUUCGUGCUUAGGGCUCUAUCAUGAAAUGCAGGAAAAGGGCGUAGAGAUUCCGCCUCAUGCCUACACUCUGGUGAUCACCAGUCUCUGUAAGAAUGGCAAACCCCACGAAGCUCUUCGGGUAUUCGACUCCAUGGCUUUGAAGAAUUGUGCUGCCAAUGUGGCUAUAUAUACUGCUCUAAUAGACGGAUUUGCAAAGAUGGGGAACGAAUCAAAGGCUGUGACGUUCUUCAAUCGGAUGAAAGCCGAAGGGUUCGAGCCCGAUGCAGUAGUGUUCAGUGUGAUGGUGAAUCUAUUGUGCAAGGUUGGGAAGGUAGACGAAGCUCUGGAAUGGUAUGAGAAUUGCAAGGAGUCAGGCGUUGCGAUUAACUCCGUGUUCUUCACUUCCUUGAUUGAUGGAUUGGGGAAGGCAGGACGGAUCAAUGAAGCCGAUAGGGUGUUUGGAGAGAUGGGGAUCAUAGGCUGUGCAAGGGAUUCAUAUUGUUACAAUGCAAUGAUGGACGGUUUUGUGAAGGCUGGGAAGGUUGAGAGGGCUAUUGCUCUUUUCAAGGAGAUGGAGAAAGAGGGGUGUGAACAAACGGUUUACAGUUUUACUAUCAUGAUCGAUGGGUUGUUUAAAGAGCACAGAAAUGAGGAGGCUUUGAAGGUGUGGGAACAGAUGAUUGAUAAGGGAAUCACUCCCAAUGCAGCUUGUUUCAGGGCUUUGUCCCUUGGGCUCUGCAUGGCAGGAAAGGUAUCAAGAGCAUGCAAGAUAUUAGAUGACCUUGCUCCAAUGGGCAUUCUGCCUGACGGUGCUUAUGCAGACAUGAUUGGUGUGUUGUGUAGGGUGGGAAGAGUGGAUCAUGCUUGUAAAUUGGCCGAUGGGAUUGUGGAUAGAGAGCGGGAGAUACCAGGUAAGGUGCGGACUGUGUUGCUUAACGCGUUGAGGAAGGCGGGGAAUGCAGACUUGGCCGUCAAACUGUUGCACAGCAAGAUCGGUAUUGGGUACGAUAGGAUGGGGAGUGUCAAAAGAAGGGUCAAGUUCCAAAAUCUUCUUCGUGGUUGAUUUAAUUGAACAUCGAGAUUAAUCACAUGACCAACGUUACUUAGCCCAACCUUGAUUCGGUUUGGAUUUUUGACACAGUUCAAGGCUGAAGAAUGGGAGUAAAAUGGUGAAAUUAUAAUAAUUUAAUUGUGAUAAACUUUAAGUCCUUAACAAUGAUUACGGUAGUGGUAGCAUCCAAGAGUUGGACCAACCAAGAGGGCGAAUCUAUGUGAGCAGGUCCUGUUCGCCACUUUGAACAGUAGCGAAGUGAGAGAUUGAUGGAAUCUCAAAAAACCUUCCUCUUCUUUGACUGAGUUCAAGCUUUUCUUGGUCUCAAAGGAUGCAUGUGUGCUCUUGACUUCCUGCCGUUGAAAGUACUUCUGUGGAUCUUUGUCUCUGCAAGCUCGGAACCACCAACCUGGUGCCGUCAUUCCAUCCUCUUUUCUCCAACGGCGCCUAUCCUCAUAUGCCUUAAAUCACCGUCUCGGCACAUACUUCCUGCGUUCCACCAGGCAUUGUAAAUCCCUUUCUUUGCUAAGAAUAGGAAAGAGGACAGAAGCAUAUUAUAUAUCAAGGUAUUCAGAUUGCCAGAACGACGCCUAAUGAUUUAUUGAAAAAAUAUUACACUAAGACAGACGAUAGGACUUGGGGAACAAUGUCAAGUGGGAUGCAAGGAAUAUGAAGUGGUAAUAGAAGCAACAAAUUUUAUAAAAAGGAAGUGUUUUUCGUGAUGAGAAUAGUCUAACAUAUUGAAAUUUGAAUAGGCAGUGCUUCUGUUCAGCUGGAAGCUGGAACUUGAGGGGUUUUCAAGCCUGAACUGUUCAUCAGCAUCUGAAGGAAGCCAAUGGAGGGCUCUUUUUUCAUGUCUUCUUGCAGCUCAACAUAUUCUCUAGAACAUCAACUUAUGUUUGGUUUCUUGCUUUAUGGCUUCAUGCAUAUAUGCUUGUUACUGUGCGCACAUCUGGGCAUGCGUCUGCAUGCAUGUAUGCUUGUAUAUGUCUGAAGCAGCUUGUGGUUAGUCUGCAAUAUACGAUCGAAGUUCGGAUGCUCCAGCUCAGCUCAGCUGAUUGAACAGCCCUGUGCUCAUGUCCGCAUACGUGCUUUGUGUAUGUAGAAAGAAGUCUACUUUUUAUUAGUUGAGUGGUAAGUGCACGAGAAGUGACAGGAUGGAAACAAAUGUCAAUAAAUGAGCAAACAAACAGGCCCUUCAGAAUUCUACGGCCCGUAAUGCAUAUGGUUUAAAACUGAGGCUGCCUGGAGUUGAGAUCAAAAUGGCAAAAACUGAGCUCAUCGACAAGUAUGGUGGGAGGCCAAAGGGGACGAUCACAGAAGCACUGUCUUCGUUCAUCACCAAAUUCUUCCACCAGGCAAGUACCAAUGGAAUGACCCUGCUGACCUGGUAAUAAGGUCCUAGCUAUAGAAAGGGACAGAACAGAGCGCUGAAAUUAAUGGCGUGGCCGUCUAAAUAGAUUUCUUAUUUGAUAUUAUAUUGUUGGUGACAUGAUUUGGCUUCUUUUGGAUGAAAUUCUGGUUCAGUUUUUUUGUUUCCUUCCCUGAGAAGGCCAAAGUAUGUGUAAAGACAAUAAAAACUUAUAGUGGGCGUAUGAAGUCAGGGUAUGUAAUCCAAGCUAUACUUGUUCCAAAGCUUAACACCACUUGCCAGGCAGUGGCUUCAGGAGAUAUCUAUCAAGUUUCAUUUGGAGGUUCUUCAAGUGGGUUAACGGAACUCUUCUCCUUAUAUGUCAAUCUUUGUGGAUUUAUAGAUUGCUUCUUUCGGCCAUCUCACUGUUUCCUUGUGCUGUAUGUGCAUGUGAAAAUUCUUCUUGGUUCUUCAUAAGCUUAAUUGCAUCAAGGAUCUCCCUUUUUUUCUUUCAAACACUCUCAAUUUGGUGGAAUUACUCUUUGAAAUACUGAAAAUGCCCACUUUAAUAUUGUAAAGACUUGUACUUUUAAGAGAUUUGCUUGAUGCGCAUUUUUCUUUUCUUCA